UUUAUAUUAGUAAUUUAAAAACAAAAUUCGCUGUAAAUUUGAGAUAUGUCAGAAGCGUUCGGAUUUUUGAUCUUUAUCUUUGCUGUUAUAAUUUAUUCAUAUUUUUUGAUAUAAAUAUACAUUAUUUGGAUUUAAAAUUAAAAUGGAUCAACAAAAAGGACAAGAGUUAAUGGAUACGUUAACUAAAAACUUUCGAGUACUACCGCUGUAUGAACAACAGACAUUCCAAUACCGAAUCAAGAAUCACGUAUCACUACAAAAGAAUCAAUAUUUGGCCUGCAAAUGGUCCGAAUGCAAGGAUAAUUUGGGGAAGAAAAAACGACAAGCAUUCGAAUUUCCUCAAGUGUCAGACUUCCACUUCUACAAUUAUCACAAUUGCUACAAACCGAGUGAGUCGACGAAGAACAGAAAAAAUUAUCGAUAUUCGCUCACCACUGGCCCUGGGGUCGAUGAAUACGGAGAGAUCCCCAUCCCUCACGAAAUGAUUGGCUAUAAAUCCGAUGUUGCAAAACCUAAGAGAAAUUCCACAAUUUUGCGUAAAAAUAGAAAACAAAACAUAUUUAAACGACGCCUCUAACAAAACUAACUCGUUUUUAGCCUGACAUUGAAAUUAUUGACUUAUCUUUCAAGAAAUAUCAUCGUAAGUAUGUAUGUCAGCAUCAGCGUACGUACGUUUGUCUGAAUGUAAGAUCUAAUGGUCAUUGGAUAAAAAUUACGAUAUCUUGAAUAAACGUUAAAAAAAUAAGUUCAGGAAUUAAACAGAGAAAGCUAUCCAAUGUAUUAAGACAUAAUUUUUUACAUAUUUUAAAAUU